UCCCGGGAUCAGCAUUCCUUCCCAGUUUCUUCCUACUCGUGCCAGUUCCAUUAAAAUUUACACAUCUAUACAUACAUACUCCAUUGUCCAAAUAUUGUGUUGUGUCGUCAUGCAGCUCUUAAAAUCACUCAUACUGAUGGCAAUCGUAACUUUCCAAAUUGUAAUCGCGGAUCAGCAGGAUCACCCGAAGACUUUCGUAUGCCGUCGAAACGCAUACGAAUCAGAGGACGAGCGGAUUGCAGUUUGCGGCGGAGUCUCCAAAACAGACCCAAAGAAAUAUGAGACCUUAUGUAUAUGA